AUGGGUCUAGAAGCCGCGAUUCCAACUGACAACUUCCUGACGACGCAGCUCCGUCACAUCGUCAACUGGGGACGUCGAUCCUCGCUUUGGCCGAUGCCAUUCGCGACCGCGUGCUGCGGGAUCGAGCUGAUGGCGACCGCGUCCUCACGCUACGACAUCGCACGCUUUGGGAUGGAACGCAUGGCGUUCUCUCCUCGUCAAGCGGACCUGCUGAUCGUCGCGGGACGCAUCAGUGUCAAGAUGCUGCCUGUGCUCCAGCGGAUCUACGAGCAGAUGACCGAGCCCAAAUGGGUGAUCUCUAUGGGUGCUUGUGCAUCAACUGGUGGAGUCUUCGAUUCCUACGCGACUGUGCAAGGCGUGGAUCAAUUCAUCCCUGUGGAUGUGUAUGUACCUGGAUGUCCUCCUCGUCCGGAGAUGCUCCUCGAAGGGGUCAUGGCCAUCCAGCGUCACAUCGAUCAGGAAGGCAUCCCUCCGAUGAAGGGUGGGAAGCGAGCACCUCUCGGCGUAGUCGUUGAGCCGACGCAUGCUGUGAGUCCUCAGCCUGUUGGAUUGGACAGCUGA